UUUGAAGCUAUUAGACUAACCAAUUCAUUUCAAAUGUCAAAUAGUUGCUCUUAUGCUUCAGAAUCCAUCAUAACUAAACUGCAUUAGUAUGACUUAGCAACUAUUUGUGUCUUUUUAUACAAAUCAAAUUAUUCUCUUUUUAUACAAAUCAAAAUAAUUUACUAAUAAACUCUGCUGUUCCCGUUUUUUUUUUCAAUUUUUUACUCAACUUACUCGUUUUUCUAACAUUUUAAUCAGUUAAUUUUAUUUCGAUACCAUCAUUUUUGACACAAAAAUGUCAGUUUCAUCAAUAGAUUUUUCUGCACCCGCUGUGUUUCAUUUUCCUUUUGAUAUUUCAAGUCCAAACUCUCAAAUUCCUAAACUACUGGACCGAUUAGUGUAUACUUUGCUAAACUUUAAGACUGAUAGCGCUGAAAUAUUCCAAUCAAUUUUUGAUGAAGACCCGAACUGCUUUGCGGGUCAAGUUAUACUAACUGCCGCUGAGUUAACCGAAAGCUUUACGGGCAAAAGUAUUGAAGAAAACAUUAAGAAAUGUCACCAAUUAGCCGACAAAUUAGGCAGCCGAGUGACGGAUUGGGAAAGCAGAUGGUACAACGCAGUUUACACGUUUAAAACUAUUUCAUGCCGCCAGGGAUGUCAUAUUUUGAUGGAUCUUUUAGCCGAAUACCCAUUCGAUCUAAUUGCUGUGAUAAUCGGAAUGUUCUGGGCAUUUUACUCUGUGGAUAAAUUCAUAAUGCGGGAUUUAAUUGGGAGAGUUUUGCCUUUUCAUCCCGAAUCACAUCCGUAUAGAGCGUUACUUGAGAGUUUAUAUGGGUUCGCUUUGAUGGAAUGUUUCGCUGUUGAUCGAGGUUCCAAACUGGUCGAAAGAGCGUUCCAGAAGGAUCCCAGACAUCCCUGGAUAAUCCAUGCCGAGUGUCACUCUCUGGAAUACAACGGAAGAACAGAAGAUGCUCUUAACUUGAUGAGGGAUGAAGAUGACUGUUAUGUGGAUUCAACACUCGGGUUUCACAAUACCUGGCAUGUAGCAUAUUUGCUAGCAGAACACAGCCAAUAUGACGAGUCUCUUGUCGUAUUACAAUCAAAACUCGCUGAUCAAGUCAACUCAGCUUCACGGCUCAGCGACGCAUGCGCUCUCCUCUGGUCACUGCGGAUGUCAAGUCAAAUUGUCGACAACGCUGAGUUCACGCAACUCCUUACGAAAGUGAGCGACAAAAUAACGGACCAUGGAUGUGCGUACUUUGCUACGCAUUUCGCCGCCGCGCUGCUUGGCGCCGAAGAUUACUCUGGUUACAAUACUUUUCGCCACUCUGUUAACAACUUCACCAGUAAAUAUAAAGAGCACGAUAUAGUUAAGAAGUACGAAGACUUCGGAUUGAGCAUGAUGGAUUCUGUGACUGCGUAUUCCUUAGAUGACUACUCACUGGCAACAGACAAAGUUUACAGCGUACAGGAUGAAAUUUUGACACUUGGUGGAAGUCAAACCCAGCGUGAGUUUUACUACAAAGUGAUGUACAGUUCAAUGCUGAAGAUGAGAAGCAAAGAAGUUGACAGACGACUCCUCUGCUCACUGAACGAGAGAACAGGUCAUCGAGAGUUGCCACCUUCGGCAUUGAAAAUAUACGAAGGGCUGACUAAGAGCUUAGAAAGGGACGGAGAAAGUUUUUCGUUCUAGCAGCUCAAAUAAUUGACAUAAUCAUUCAGUUAGAACAAGUACAAAAACUAGUAGAUGUUUUUUGUUGCACAAAUUUAUAUCUUUAUUUUAAAAAUGAAAUUAUUUGUUGAUUCUGAUAAUCUAUUUUUUCUAAAUCAAA